AUGCAAUCCUCCCACGGAUCGAGCAUCCAAACCGUUAGCUCCUCCUGAUCCAAUUGCUAGCACACCCCUGCCCCUCUCUCUCGUCUUCUUCCACCUACCCAGCCGUCGACUUCUCUCCAGAUCUUUCCCCUACUGUGACGGCCGCCACAUCUCCAGAUCCUUCCCCAACCACCCUCUGAGCCGCUCACCCCUAGCUGCUACUUUCUUUCCCCAAUCACUCCACCACGUCGUCUGAAGCUGGAGGAAGCACAGACCGAUGCAGCAACAGCUCAGCGAUGAUCCAGACCUCCCCCUAUCCAUCCGGUGGUGCCGCGUUGAGCCACCGAGCGGGCCGCAUCAAGGCGUGUAGUGGAGUCGCGCCGCGAUGGCUGAGGGGCUGCACCCAAUUGCCGUCAGGCCCAAGCCGCCAGGGGAUGCGUUGUGCCCCUUCUUCACCGAGGGGCCCGUGUUCGUCGCAUACGCCGUCCUCGCCGUUGUCUUCUCCAUCGACCUCGACAGGCUGUGAGCUGCUUGCCCCACCAGUGGUAUAGCCAAGCCUAGCAAGAAAUUGAAGAUGAACAAGCCGGCUGAAGACCCCAAGACCACUGAGCCGGAGAAGCAGACAAUAUCAGAAGCUUCCCAUCAAACCAUUGAACCUGCUGCUAAUUACCCGCCACCAAAGACUCUCAACGUCAAAGUGGAUCCAAUGGGUGUUGACCCCUCAAGUGCUAAACCGCCAAGUCCCACCAAGCCUGUUGAAGAAGAGGCCGAAGAAGUUGUGGUCAUUGGGACUGGCUAUGCGGAGCCAAUGAACCCCACUGUCUUAGCAAAGCACAGUGCCAAGGAGGAAUUUUUAGCUACUGAUAAAGGCAAAUGGAAAUUGGACUUGGAAAGCUAUGCCAGCUUCAACGCCAGUGAAAUUCAUGUAGGCUACUUAAGCCGUCUUCAUACCAGCCGCGAUAUGGAAGCCGGCCUGGUCAAUCUGAUGAAGGAACGCUUUGAGGCUGAAUUAAGCAUGAAGGAGUCUCAUGUGGUCGAUCUGCGGAAGAACAUCAAAUUGCAACAAUCAGAAACCUCAAAGGCCAAAUCCAAACUGAAAGCCGCCUUGGAAGUGUCUGAAAAAUUGAAGACGUAUUUCAACACGUAGAGAUCCGACUGGGAGACCGAGAAAACAGCUCUACUGAAAAGAGCUGAGGACGCUGAAGCUGCUCUUAAGCCGGUGACUGAAGAGUUAUCCGGUUUAAAGUGACAUGUAAAUCAGAUGACAUCCGCUAUCUUUGGCCCCAGAAGCUCCAACCUUGGACAAGACAUGUUGGUGAAGCUGAAGGCGACUUACACCUUGGUGGAACAGCUAUAUACCGGCACUCAGCAAACCAUAACAGCCAUCUCACACAAAAAGCAGCCACCAUCACUCAUCAGAGAAGUCUUGGACAAAUUAUCUGUGAUGCUGAAAAGAAUAGAAGAGAUUAAACGAUCAUCCGCCCGAGCUGGUGCCAUCACAGCUUUGAGCCGGGACAAAGCAUGGCAAGCAGAAUUAGACCCGGCGGAAAUGGCCACCGGUUGCCCAAACUUUAAGGAGGAUGGAUCGCCUUUUGAAGAAGAAGAUUUCACCAAGUGCGUGAAAGAAAUGCGACCUUUGACGAGCAAAUUGGCAGAAGAGACUGAUUUGUCCAAUAUCAGGCAGCUUAUACAAUGGAAAAUUCAAGAGUGAACACGCCGGCUUAUGAAGUUGUGGAUCUCAUCCCUCCAACACGUAAGCACACUUUUGCUCCUGAUGUUGAUCCAUCCACCCUUAUGGACGAUGAAGCUGUGUUCAAAGCUCUAACUGGCAUAGACUGGACAUCAUCUGACUUCCAGAUGAUGGAGGAAGAAGAAGAAGGACCGGCGCAGGAUGACCCAGAGUCUUCAACUCGCCAGGACCAAAACAAUUGAUCCAAGGGGUGGCUCUCAGACCAUGGCGUGGUAUUUCUCUGUGAAAAACUCUUAACCAUUUGGGCUUUGGAAAGCCUUGUAAUAGGCUAGCUGAAACAAUGAUCUGUCAUGCCAUCGUGCAUGUUUGGCCUUAAAACUGUUGAUGAAAUACUUUAUGUGCCACUGAUGAGC